AUGACGCAAUUGGAAGGAUGUCCACACAGCCGCCGACUUGAACGAUCGCCCUCUGCCCAAGUUCCAUCCAGCUCUACCAGUGCAAACACCCAUCGCGCUUCCCUCAACCACCCACCCACCACCGAUAUCCGCGCACGACACUACGAGAGCGCCAAAAUGGAGGGUCUACUCGAUUUCUCGAGGGAGUUCGACAUCGGUCUCAUGGACAAAGUCGUAAUGGCGUUCUACACUGGAGCCGGACAAGAACAACAACUCGCCCAGCAAAUUCUAACGCAGUUUGAAGACAACCUGGACUCAUGGACGCGAGUACCUGACAUUCUUGAGAAAUCGUCCUUUCCUCAGUCCAAGUACAUUGGCCUCCAAAUUCUGGAGAAGCUUAUCACAACCCGAUGGAAGACGCUUCCAGAUGGGCAAAGACAAGGCAUUCGGAAUUUUAUUGUGGGCAUUACGGUCAAGGUCGCUUCUGACGAGGUCGCGUUCCGCAAAGAGAAGACAUACGUGAACAAGCUCAAUCUUGCCCUGGUCCAAAUCCUCAAGCAAGAAUGGCCGCAUAACUGGCCCACCUUCAUCACUGAGCUCGUUGAAUCAUCCAAGACCAACCUCUCCCUGUGCGAGAAUAACAUGGUUAUUCUGAAGCUGUUGUCGGAGGAAAUUUUCGACUUCUCUGCAGAGCAGAUGACGCAAGCCAAAGUCAAGAACCUUAAGAACCAGAUGUGUGGCGAAUUCUCCGAAAUCUUCAAACUCUGUUCGGAGGUCCUGGAGGAAGCGCAGAAAGUGUCCCUCAUCAAAGCCACUCUCGAAACCCUUCUUCGAUUCCUUAAUUGGAUCCCCUUGGGCUACAUAUUUGAGACCACCAUUAUCGAUCUCCUCCUCAAUCGCUUCCUUGAGGCUCCUGAAUUCCGAAACGUCACUCUUAAAUGUUUGUCGGAGAUAGCGGCCCUCAAUGUCGGUCCAGAAUACGAUCCAAAAUUCGUAAUUCUCUUCGCCAUGGUCAUGACAUCAGUCAACCGUAUGAUCCCACCGAGCACGAAUAUUGCUCAAGCAUACAUGAACGCGGGCGAUUCUGGGCAAGAGCUCGUUCUUAACCUUGCAAUGUUCUUGGCCAACUUCCUAUCCAACCACCUUCGCGCGGUAGAGUCGGAGCAAAACCGUGACGUCCUCCUCAACGCCCAUCUCUAUAUGGUCAAGGUUUCGCAAGUCGACGAACGCGAGAUCUUCAAGAUUUGCUUGGAAUACUGGCUGAAGUUGGUGGCGGAGCUGUAUGACGAGCUUCAGAGUUUGCCCAUCGGGGAUUCCGGGCUCUUGAUGGGCUUGAGCUUGGGUGGUACCAAUGGCGCUCAGAAUAUGCUGAACGGUAUGUCGCUACGCAAGAAUAUCUACAGUGAUGUGCUGUCAAAUCUUCGUUUGGUCGUUAUCGAACGAAUGGUAAAGCCGGAGGAGGUCUUGAUCGUUGAGAACGAUGAAGGAGAAAUUGUCCGAGAGUUCAUGAAGGAGAGCGAUACCAUCGUGCUCUACAAGUCCAUGCGUGAACUGCUUGUGUACUUGACCCAUCUUGAUGUGACCGACACUGAGACCAUCCUAACGGAGAAGCUUGCCAAGCAAGUAGACGGUAGCGAAUGGUCAUGGAAUAACCUGAACACCCUUUGCUGGGCCAUCGGUUCAAUUUCUGGUGCAAUGAACGAGGAAACGGAAAAACGCUUCCUGGUUACUGUCAUUAAGGACCUCCUUGGUUUGUGCGAAAUCAAACGCGGAAAGGAUAACAAGGCGGUGGUCGCCUCCGACAUCAUGUACAUCGUCGGCCAAUAUCCUCGAUUCCUCAAAGCCCACUGGAAAUUUCUGAAGACUGUUGUCAACAAGCUCUUCGAAUUCAUGCACGAGACACACGAGGGUGUCCAGGAUAUGGCUUGUGACACCUUCAUCAAAAUCGCCCAGAAAUGCCGUCGGCACUUCGUCAUGCAGCAAUCCGGAGAACAGGAGCCGUUCGUGGAUGAGAUCCUGCGACUGCUGCAUAGAAUUACAGUCGAUUUGUCCCCACAGCAGGUCCAUACUUUCUAUGAAGCUGUUGGAUACAUGAUCUCUGCGCAACCCAACAAGCCCCAGCAGGAGAAGCUCAUUGCUAAGCUCAUGGAGCUGCCAAAUAAUGCCUGGGAUUCCCUCAUGGCGCAGGCUGCUCAAAACAUGGACGUCCUCUCCAGUAGUGAUAAUAUCAAAAUUCUUGCAAACGUCUUGAAGACGAACGUUUCUGCAUGCACUUCAAUCGGUAGCUUUUACCUCCCCCAACUAGGUCGAAUUUUCUUGGAUAUGCUUGGCCUCUACAAAGCAGUCAGUGGAAUUGUCAGCGAAACGAUUCAGAAAGAGGGCCCAGUCGCAACGAAGACGCCUAAAGUUAGGCAGCUUCGAACAGUGAAGAAGGAAAUACUCAAACUUAUGGAGACAUAUGUCAAAAAGGCGGAGGAUCUAGAGGCUGUUAACGCCAACUUUAUGCCACCGCUUCUGGAUGCUAUUUUGGGCGACUACAACCGCAAUACUCCGGCCGCCCGAGACGCUGAGGUGCUGAACGUGAUGGCCACCAUCAUUUCAAGACUUGGGCCGCUUCUUACACCCCAAGUACCGGCCAUUCUGGAUGCUGUCUUUGAGCCAACUUUGAACAUGAUCAACCAAGACUUUGCUGAGUUCCCGGAGCAUCGGGUCGGCUUCUUCAAGCUCUUACGCGCGAUUAAUUUGAAUUGCUUCCCUGCAUUGCUGACAAUCCCUCCGACCCAGUUCAAGCUGUUCAUGGACAGCAUUAUCUGGGCAAUCAAGCACACGAUGCGCGAUAUCUCGGAUACUGGGUUGAACUUGUGCCUCGAGGUUGUCAACAAUUUCGCCACAGCGGCAGACCCAGCCGUGACAAGCGCGUUUUUCCAGCAAUACUUCCUCAGCAUCAUGCAGGAUAUUUUCUUUGUCCUAACUGAUACCGAUCACAAGAGUGGAUUCAAGUUGCAGAGCGUGUUGCUCGCCCGCAUGUUCCAACUGGUGGAAAUGAACGUCAUCCAAACGCCGUUGUUCGACCCGUCGACGGUCACUGAUCCCGGCGUGAAUAAUACCACGUUCCUGCGAGAAUACACGGCGAACUUGCUCAAGACCGCCUUCCCUCAUGUGCCGAAUUCGCAAGUGCAAGUUUUCGUUACCGCUCUUAUCGAAAACCAUAACGAUAUCAACCGCUUCAAGCUCGCUUUGCGCGACUUCCUCAUUCAGCUCAAGGAGUUCUCUGGGGACAACACUGAGCUGUACUUAGAAGAGAAGGAGCUCGAGAGCCAGCAGAAGGCCGAGGCCGAACGCCAGGCGGCCAUGCGGAUUCCCGGCAUGCUCAAGCCCAGUCAACUAGAAGAUAAGGACGAGGACAUUUGA